AUGAACACCCAAAAAUCCAAAAUUAAAACGGAUAACUCGUUAACCAAAACGGCCGCUGGCCAAAAGGCAGAAGCCAAAAACCAAGAGAAAGUGCUGGAGAAGGGGGAUACAACCCCUAAAGAGAAAGUAGUUAAGAAAGGCGAUGAAACCCCUAAAGAGAAAGUGGUGGAGAAGGGGGACACAACCCCUAAAGAAAGCAUAAGCAAUCUAUCCGCGGAUAGUUUGAAUAAAGUUAAAAUUGAAAGAGAGAAACUUGAAAGUUUUCUUUUUAAUGAGUCGAACAAAGUGUCCAAAGGCGUAAUAAAGUUCAUUCUCAAAAAAUGGUCAAAUUUGGAGCUAAUGCUUCAAAAAGAAAUUUUAGAGCACGAAAAAACAGAGGCCAAAUAUAACGAGAAAACUACCAACAUGUCAUAUGCAAAUGUGGCAUCUAGAGCACCUAAUAAACUCCCAACGCAAAUAGUGCAACAACUAGCUAACAGCGAAGAAAAUAGUUCAACUAUUCCAAUUGUACAAUCAAUUGAAAUACUGAAUGACACCUCCCAAACAAAUAGUGCAUACGCGCAAAACCAUUUAAUUAAUCAACAUAACAACAUGAAUUACCAAUCACCUGAAACAGUUAAUCACAUGUUAAACACUUCGCAAACAGAUAGUGCAUACGUGCAAAACCAUUUAAUUAAUCAACAUAACAACAUUAAUUACCAAUCACCCGAAUCUGUUAAUCACAUGUUAAACACCUCGCAAACAAAUAGUGCAUACGUGCAAAAUCAUUUAAUUAAUCAACAUAACAACACUAAUUACCAAUCACCCGAAACUGUUAACCACAUGUUAAACACCUCGCAAACAAAUAGUGCAUACAUGCAAAAUCAUUUAAUUAAUCAACAUAACAACACUAAUUACCAAUCACCCGAAACUGUUAAUCACAUGUUAAACACCUCGCAAACAAAUAGUGCAUAUGUGCAAAAACAUUUAAUUAAUCAACAUAACAACACUAAUCACCAAUCACCCGGAACUGUUAAUCACAUGGAAACAGAACAAAUUAAUCAAGCAGUAAGCUGGCAGACAAUCAAAACUAACAAACGUCGAAAAACAUCAACAGGUAAACCGGCGACCCAAGCCGAUAACACAAUAGAAACACCAGGCCCUUCGACCUCGCAAGCUGAUAACAGGAAUACGGUUCAAAGGCCACCUCCCAUUUUCGUCUAUGACGUAGACGAUAUCGCUGACAUGACAGGCGAAAUCAACACAAUAAUAAACAGGGAGCAGUACACAACAAAAUCAUUGCACGACGAUAUAUGGAAUCUCCUAGAAAAAGAUUUGGUAUUAUACAGUGUACAAGGUGCCAAUUAUAUGGACACUGUAAAUUCUAUUGCAACAGACCAUUUGUCUGCGUCAAAUGCGGCGGCGACCAUGAUACUUCAAAAUGUAAAAAAUUAA